UAUAUACACACAUCACACAGUCUCGUUAUAUCCUUCUUCUUAAACGAAGAUCUGCUGCUUGAUUCAGGCUUAAGCUUUUUUCCCCAAUUCGUCGAGAUUGCUAGGGUUUUGAUCUUCGCUACUGUUUUGAUUUAUCGGGAUUCGAUUCUGUACCAGUUCUUCAAUUCGCUCCAUUGGGUCUUCCUCAUCGGCAGAAAGAACGCUUUUUGGUGAUCCCCGAGGUUCGAUCAAGGGACUGAGUGUAAGGCUUUGCAAUUUCGAACUAGCAUUUUCCGGUAAAGUUACCUCUUUUGAUGAGGAAGAAGCGGAAAGGAAGUGAAACUGAGUGUUCAGAGGAGUCAUCAUGUGCAGCUGCGUCACGAACAACCAACUUCAGGUCACACUUCUCUUUAGAAGGUUACGCUAGGCUUAAGAAGCGGUGCAAGGAGAAUGACUCUGUUGGUUCCUUUAAGAGACGUCUCGCUGGCGUUGCUACUGCACCUCCCUGUGGUGCAUCGUCUUUGGUUUCGUCAGGGAGAGGUUUGAGAAGGAAGAUAGGUUGCAUUGAUGUUUCUACGCAGACGGGUAGGAAGAAUAAGAUAGAUGAUGAUUAUGUCUUUGGUCCAAGUAUUGGGAAAGGUAACUUUGGAUCGGUGAGGAUCUGUAGGUCGAGGAAUAACGGGAUGGAUUUCGCUUGUAAGACUUUGAAAAAGGGGGAGGAGACUGUUCACAGGGAGGUUGAGAUAAUGCAGCAUUUGUCUGGUCAUCCUCUGGUUGUCACAUUGCAUGCGGUUUAUGAGGAGUCGGAUUGUUUCCAUCUUGUGAUGGAGCUGUGUUCCGGGGGACGUUUGGUUGAUCAGAUGGUUAAGUGUUCUGAGCAGCGAGCAGCUAAUGUAUUCAAGGAACUUAUGCUGGUUAUUAGCUAUUGCCACGAGAUGGGAGUUGUGCAUAGAGAUGUGAAACCUGAGAAUAUUCUUCUCACAGGUGGUGGGAAGAUUCAGCUUGCUGAUUUUGGGCUUGCGAUGAGGAUUGCUAAAGGUCAAACGUUGUCUGGAUUGGCGGGAAGUCCAGCUUAUGUGACACCUGAGGUUAUUUCUGAAAAUUAUUCAGAGAAAGUCGACGUUUGGAGUGCUGGAGUCCUCUUGUACGCUCUCUUGUCUGGUGUACUUCCUUUCAGGGGAGACUCUCUGGACGCCAUUUUCGAAGCGAUAAAGAAAGUGAAGCUUGAUUUCAACUCGGGUGUGUGGGAGUCCGUUUCCAAACCGGCUCGUGAUCUAUUGUCAAGAAUGCUAACAAGGGACGAAUCUGCCAGAAUCACAGCGGAUGAAGUGCUAAGGCAUCCAUGGAUACUCUUUUACACAGACAUGACACUCAAGACGAUGUGUAUCAAGUCGAAGCACAAGGGUCAAGCAGGACCUCCUCCUCCGUGUCUCCAGAUUCGCAGUCUGAACCUAAACAGAACUAACAUAGAGAAGAAGACAACAUCUGAUUCAUUCUCCAACACAGAGGAGGAGGAGGAAGAAGAUGAGAGCGGUGUGGUGGAUGCGCUUGUGGUUGCCAUCUCCAACGUGAGGAUCUCAGAACCAAAGAGAAUCAGAGUCUAUAGUCCAACAAACAUCCCUCCCAUGGAACAGCAACACUCUUCUAACUUGACUGCGACUAAUACACUUUGUCGAGCCUUCUGACCCAAAAUCACAUGGGAUUCGACCAAGUGUCCUAGUUACACGUGAUAUGAUGAUCUUAGUGACUUCUUUAUUAUGUCUCUAAUAGUUGGAUUUGAUCUGAUUACCUUAAAAUUCUCACUAUGUUGUACAGAUCAUGUAAAUAGUAUACUCAAUAGCAAUUAAAAACGUUUUUGCUCUCCCUA